UUUCCCCUCCUUCACCUAAAACCGGGGUUGGUUUCUGUCUGUGGGCGGCUCUUUCCGCGGAAAGGAAGAUAAGUUCGACGGCUGUUAAUCGAGAAAGAGACCAUGGGAUACGAAAUUCAGAACAUCAUCUUUUAGUGGUAUGGACUAUGGAGAGUUUGUAGCGAUUAAAGGACCAGGACCAGGACCAGGAGCCACCUUUCCCCUCCCUUCCCCUCUUGUUCCUCACCCAGCUAGGCAUUAAACCCUGCUGGAAACACCAUUCCGGUUCAUCGUCCACCUAUCCAUUCAUUCACAGGCCAUCAUCAUCCUAACCAGGAGAAGGGUGCAACAAGAAGAUGCUGAAGAAACUGCUGUUGAAGACUAAGAGCAAGAAGAAGAAUGAGGCUGCUUCUUCUUCCCUACUCACUUUGGAUCGACUGCACGAGACCCUAGAAAUGCUGGAGAAGAAAGAGCGUUUUCUUCAGAAAAAGUCUUCUGCGGAAGUAGAAAAGGCUAAGGAUUAUACGAAGGCAAAGAAUAAAAAUGCUGCAAUUCAGUGCUUAAAGAAGAAGAAGUUGUACGAAACACAAAUCGAGCAGCUAUCAAAUUUUCAGUUGCGAGUUCAUGAUCAGAUUAUAAUGCUUGAAAAUGCAAAGGCAACAACUGACACUGUUGAUGCUUUACGGUCCGGAUCAUCUGCUGUCAAAGCUAUUCAACAGUCACUGAGCAUCGAUGACAUUGAGAACGUCAUCGAAGAGGCGAACGAACGCACAGAAGACAUGAAACAGAUACAGGAAGCACUGGCAACACCUUUCGGGGCUUCAGCUGAAUUUGACGAGGAUGAACUAGAGGCGGAGCUGGAAGAGCUGGAGGAGGAAGAGCUCGACCUGCCCGAACCGCCUCGGGGCACACCCGUAAUGGAACCGUCGCCGUCUGCUACAACAUCUUCUCGACCGCCGGCGGUGGCCAGUGAUUUCGCUGAAUUGACAAGGCUUCAGGCAGAGAUGGCGCUUUAGGGAUCUCUCAAAGCUGCGGUUGGGAGAGGAUGCUGCUGACAUUGCAAUCUCUGUUAUCUCACUGACAUGACAUCCUGCUGUGUACAUGUAUUAUUAUAACAUGUUGUAAAAUGAGAUUCAGCUUGUGUGCUGUAGAACAUCCAAUUCAUGCUAGAAUUUUUUGCUUGCAGCUGUCCUCCUGACUGAUGGCAAA